AGAGUCGGGGGGCGGAGGCCGCUGAGGAAGCCAGAGCGCACUAGCGGCUGCCGGAGCGUCCCUUGGUGCGCCGCCGCCCGCGCGACGCUACCGGCGCGGACGGCGUGCUCCCCCACGCACGUGUCAGCACACUGACCCGCGGAUGCCGAGGCACGGCCUCUCGUGUAAAGGAAGAAUGGGCCGAAGUCCGGGUGCAGUUUGUGAUUACAGGGCGACAUCUGGCCAGUGGUCUGAGUGCAGCCUCUUCCGGUUUUGUAGUCUGCAGUGUGUGUUAAUUUCAUGGUCUUAACAUCUGCCAUCUGUUGAGAGGAACAUAGCAUCUAUGGUGACCCUGUGGCAAGCUGAUGAUUAUAGAAUUAUGCCACCAAUUCCCUCAUGGAAUUACAGAUCAAGUAAUUCAAAAUGAAAUGCCUCAUAUAGAAGCCCAACAACGAGCUGUGGCCAUCAAUAGACUAUUGUCCAUGGGUCAGUUGGACCUUUUAAGGAGCAGUACAGGCCUCCUGUAUAGAAUAAAGGAUUCUCAGAAUGCUGGUAAAAUGAAAGGAUCAGAUAACCAAGAAAAACUAGUAUAUCAAAUAAUAGAGGAUGCUGGAAACAAAGGAAUAUGGAGCCGAGAUAUCCGAUACAAAAGUAAUUUGCCAUUAACAGAGAUUAACAAAAUUUUAAAGAAUUUGGAAAGUAAAAAGCUUAUCAAAGCUGUUAAAUCUGUGGCUGCCUCAAAAAAAAAGGUAUAUAUGCUGUAUAACCUGCAACCAGACCGUUCUGUAACCGGUGGAGCCUGGUACAGUGACCAAGAUUUUGAAUCUGAAUUUGUGGAAGUGCUUAACCAACAGUGCUUUAAAUUCCUUCAAACCAAGGCAGAAACAGCACGAGAAAGCAAACAGAAUCCAAUGAUCCAAAGAAAUAGUUCGUUUGCCUCAUCUCAUGAAGUUUGGAAAUAUAUCUGUGAAUUAGGGAUUAGUAAGGUAGAGUUGUCCAUGGAGGAUAUUGAAACCAUCUUGAAUACACUCAUCUAUGAUGGCAAAGUGGAGAUGACUAUCAUUGCUGCAAAAGAAGGCACAGUUGGCAGUGUUGAUGGACACAUGAAACUGUACAGGGCAGUCAAUCCAAUUAUCCCUCCCACAGGUUUGGUUCGAGCUCCCUGUGGACUCUGCCCAGUUUUUGAUGACUGCCAUGAAGGUGGUGAGAUUUCACCAUCAAACUGUAUUUAUAUGACAGAGUGGCUUGAAUUUUAAUGGGAUUCAUUAAAUUCCAUGGCAUUUUACAAAUGAAGUUACUUUGGAAACAAAUAAUUUGACUCGUGAUGGAUCACCAAAUUCCCCAGCAAACUAUAGUAUUGGAUAUCCGAUUUGCUGCUGUGAAGAAUGGUCUUUGUUUAAAAUCUACCAAGACUAAAUUUAUAUUGGUAGAAUAGCCAACAGUAAUGGGCAGGUAAGUUAGUGAAAUCCAUUCAAUAAAUCAUAUGCUUUUAAAUUGUGGAGGAGGGCUCUUCUGAAGCUUUCAAGUCUACAUGAUUCAAGAAAAUAAAAGCCAAAAGACAGUAUUUACUGAGUUCUAUUGUAAUGGCUAGAAUUUAAAAUGCACAUUUUAAGUUUAUUAAGAUUUUCAUUGGAAAUUUUAUUAUUUGGUUCAUUAUCAGAUUUUCUGUUUCUCAGAUGUUUCAUUAAAAUUAAAUUAUAAGUGGUAAAUCCAGGAAUAAUGGGAGUGUAUGCAAACUUGGGAAAGCAGGGAGAGAAGUGAAUGGAAUAUCCUUUUCCACACUUUAAUUUCUUUUUAUUUGAAAUACUUUUUAUGAGUAUUAUGCCAGUGUAUAUACCGUGUUUCACCACAUAAUCUUUUCACUGCAUGAUUGUAUCCUGUGCUUUCAGGAAUACUGACAAAAUUUUAAGGGGCUGGAAAGAAACAACAGCCUUGCAUGCUGCCAAACCAUGUUUAAUUCCUGGCACCCCAGAUGAUCCCCUGGUCCCAGGAGUGGUUCCUGAGUGUAGUCAGAAAUAGGCUACCAGGUGUGGCCCCAAAACAGAAACAACAAAACAACAAAAAUUUUUACAAGCUUUAUAUACAUAAAACAAACCCCAAAAGUUUCACAUAAUACACAUGAUUAUGCCUCCUUUUUGUUGCAAAAUAAACCAAAAAAAAUUUUUUUUUAAUAGCGUUGAAGUCUGUGACAAUAAUUCAGUGAAAUACAGUAUCUCAAACUCAAGUGGUAACUGUUGUCAAGGACCUGUUUCCAUUGUGUAAAUUGAGGGGGAGUACUUCGAACUAGCCUUUGUUCAUUUUCCAAGUCUCACUUUUUGGCUCACCUGUAUUACUUCCCCUUGCUCCCCACUCUCAUAAUGUAAAAUGAAUACACACAAGAAUAGGUGUAAAAAACUAAGGCUCACCGAGGGGCGAGUGCACUCCCGGGCUCUCCGGGCGGCUGUGCCUCACCGCCCGCGUUCGGUGCUCUGGAACCGCGGUGUAUGGACUGGAUCGAGACGGUCAAGGAAAGGCGAAGGAAGAACGAGGACCAAGCUAGUUGCUGAUAAGUUACCGUUUAUUCAAUCUUCCAUCUUUCUCAUCUCCUGCACUCCCAGCUCUGGCCUCUCUCUGGAUCAACUGCCUCUUCUUUCUCUGGCUUCUCUGUCUCCUCCUCCUUCUCUCUCCCACCUUGUCUUCUAGGCUACACCCAGCCAGGUAGCAAAAUCGACAUAAGAAAGCCCUUCCUGAGGGCAGGGCAUUCCAAAGCCCUUCCUCACUCUUAAGGUUUUUUUCUUUUCCUUAGUCCAGGAACUUAUUAACAUCUUAAUACUAGUUAUUUUUGUAUGGACAUAGCAAGGGAUACAUUGAGGCUUACAAGGCAGCUCUCCUGGCAACAUCUUGCCACAGGCUCAGACCACAGCACUCAGGCCAGAUUAAUCAUUCCUCACACUAGCAGGGUCCAAAUCUAGUUAUCACUGUUUGGAUCAUGACAGCAUUUGUUCAUGAUCAAGCUCUUAAUUUAUAGUUAAGCAUUAGGCACUUUGGCCAGGCCCAUCUCAAUGCCAGGGUAGCACACAACUGCUUGCCUGGGUCCUUCUUGUCCCACAUCGUUGGGACCCUGCUUUGGGGAUGCUAGGAAGGGCAGCUGAGGCUUAGGUCAAGAGAACAGAUGCCCUGGAGGAAAAUAUCAUGUAGAGUCAAAUGACUCCCAGGUUACAAAAGCAUAACAUUUGUUAAGUCUUCCUGUGUCCAUACAAAAAGGACUUGCUCUGAAUAAACUAUGCAAAGGACUCAAGGAGAAGAGAAAAACAUUAUUUACAAGUCAACAGAACACUAAGAAAGAAGCUACAAAUAAACAAAGAGGAAUAGGAGCACUGUAACGGGAGUAACCCAAUACACCUAAACUACCUGAAGCUAUGUUAUCCUACAAAUAGGUAUUUCUUGAAGUCUGUCAAGAUCCAAGUAUACUUAUUAGUAACCCAUAAAGCAUAUUUAUGAGUGUAUGGCAUAUAAGUGUGGCAAAUGUAUAAGAUGCCAUGCUUUUAUGAUUUAAAUGAUGUUUAUGUGCUGCUUUUUUUCUUGAAAUUCCUUGAUAUCCAUUUGGUGAGGAAUGAGCUUUAAUAUGUCAUUUUUAUUGCGACUAACUCAGUAAACUAGCCAUAUAAGUAAUUUUAGGUUUUUAGUCACUCUUCCUUUAACUAUUACUCAUUAUUAGAUAGAGGGUGAGGGAAAAAUAUAAAAUAUAUGUUGUGUAACUUGUGCUAUCCAGUAGAACUUGGGAGAAGGACAGAGUAUCUGCUGUCCAAUAAGGAAGCUCCUAGUUACUCAGGACUCUUCAGCUCUUCAGAUGUGGCUAGUAUGAAUAAAGAACUGGGUUUUUUAUGUUUUUACUGUUAUAGGGGCUGCAGCAAUUGUGGGGGAAGAUAGAUGAACUGGUAGAAACCAAACCCAGAACCAGUCCCUGAAUUUUAAAUUUUAUAACUCUUAUGGUUACUGGUUACAAUAGUGCGAGGAACAAGUUAAUAAUCACAUAAAUGUUUAUUUAUGGGAAUAAUAUACAAUUUAUCCUUAGUUGUCUAUAUUUGCUUUUCCUAUGGAAGAAAAGAACAAUAAAGUGUUAAAACUUCUCUGUACAA